UAACAUCCGGUUAAGUAAGGUAGCUCAGUGAAGGUAAACAAAACGGCGUUAACUCGAGUUUUAACUGUCUUGGUGUUGAAAAAGUUCCGGUUAUAUUGAUGAGAAUGUGACCAGGAAUUCAUUUCGCUGGAAGGUUUUAGGUGAAAAGACCGAGAAUGGACGGAGGAGACGGUAAAAGUAUAAGGUUCAGGGAGCUGCCGCCUCUUCCUAAGCGAGGGCAGCGAGCUCUUCCCACCAUGUCCAGCCAAGACACAGCAGAUUUUCCAGCCCCGAAGCGGAAAAAGAAGAAGCCAAGAAAAGACGCAAACGGAGAAGGAGAUGUGGACGAUCAGGAAAUGGAGAUGGGAGGGCUCGGCAGCCGGAGGGCGUCCGAGGUCGGAGAUCACCUGACACCGGAAGCCACAACAGAUGCUCCGACGCAGAGGAAACGGAAGAAGAAGAAAGCCAUGUCCACAGAUCUGGACGACAACCAAGCCGACCUGGUCAACGGAGACACAGGAGAUCAGACCACCGACGGGGAAGAAGUGGUGAAGAAAACCAAAAAGAAAAAGAGGUCGAAGGUCGCAGAGUCGCCGCUUCCCGACGAGUUUUGCGUCGAAGAGGACGACAUCAUCAACGACAGCUGCUCGCCGAUCCCCCAGCAGGCCCUGUUCUCAGCACCGCAGGGUCAGAGCCAGCCGGUCGGGAAGCUGUUUGUAGAGAGAACCAAGCGGUUCCAGGCCGCCGAGCGUUCCGACUGGAGGACGACGGGCGAGCAGAUGGACGGCGCGGCCGAGCUGCAGCACAUGCCGCCGCUCUGGACCACCAGAGACGUUUCCGUCCGAGUGCACGAAGGCUUCCGGGUGUUCGGUCUGUUCUGUCACGGCUUCCUGGCCGGCUACGCCGUGUGGAACGUGGUGGUGGUCUACAUGCUGGCCGGGCAGCACCUGACCGCUCUGCGCAACCUGCUGGAGCAGUACCACGGCCUGGCCUACCCCUCACAGUCCCUGCUCUACAUGCUGCUGGCCAUCUGCACCGUCGCCUCCUUCGACAGGGUGAACCUGGCUAAAGGUCCGGUGGCUCUGCGGCAGAUCAUCACUCUGGAUCCAGUGGCUCUGGCUUCGUUCUUGUAUUUCUCUGCAUUGAUUCUUUCUCUGAGUCAGCAGAUGACCAGCGAUCGGAUCAACCUCUACGCGUCCUCCAACACAACGAUAUGGCCUCAAGGGUCGGAGCACCAGAUCCUCCACCCGUGGGUGACCAUCAACCUGGUGGUGGCUCUGCUGGUGGGCUUGGCGUGGAUCUUUAUCGCCACCAGGCCGGAGACAGACUACACCGAGGGUUAUCUGAGGGCGAUGGAGGUUGAGCCGGCAAGGCCGGAGGACAAACCAGAAAUUACUGGCUGAAAAAAAAAAAAAAAAGGAGCAAC